AUGGCUGCAGGAGCUGUUCACUCACCACAAAUACUUCAGCUUUCAGGCAUUGGGCCUAAAGCGUUACUGCAGCGCUUCGGUAUCAAAGUCGUCGUUGAUCUUCCAGGUGUCGGACAAAACUUCCAGGAUCAUCUUGACCUAAAAGUAGAUUACACUUUCACUUCCAACAUCGAGCCGAAUGGUGGCAGCUUGAACACCAAUUCCACCUAUGAUGCAGAACAAAGAGCCCUAUACGAUGCAUCUCGCGAGGGAGCGUAUACCCUCACCCGAGGAACAGGAAAUAAUAUCGCUCUUCUCCCACUCAAGAAUGCUACUUUGAACUGGGAGCCAAUAAUCAGCCUCGCUAAGUCCCAAGACCCCGCGUCUAUCCUCCCACCAAAUACUCACCCUUCCGUCGUCAAAGGCUACGCCGCUCAGAGAAAGUUGUUAUUCAAACAUUAUUCAUCUUCAAAGACAGCAAUUGGUAGCCUGAGCUAG